GGCCAUUAAACCAGAAGUUGACGUAUGACAGUUUUUUAAUGUCAAUGUCACACCUGUCAGUGUCAUUCUGCAAAUUGUCUUUACCGCACUGUCAAAUGUUCGUGCUGGCCAGAUUUUCUUGAGUUAAUUUCCUGUUAAAACCUAAAAAAUGCCUCCCAAACCUAAACCAGGAGCUCCCAGUAAAAAAACGGAAACGAAGAAGAAGGAGAAAGUAAUCGAGGACAAAACCUUCGGAUUGAAAAACAAAAAAGGGGCGAAGCAACAAAAAUUCAUCCAACAAGUCGAGAAACAGGUGAAAUCCGGCGGCACCCAUCCGGUAAAAGAAGAUGCCAAAAAGCUGGAUAAAGAAAAGAAACUGAAGGAACAGAAAGAAUUGGCAGCUCUCUUUAAGCCCGUACAAAGCCAGAAAAUCGAGAAAGGAGCCGAUCCCAAGACGAUAUUAUGCGCCUUCUUCAAACAAGGCCAAUGCGGCAAAGGAGACAAGUGCAAAUUCUCCCACGAUCUCACCAUCGAACGCAAAGCAGAGAAACGUUCGCUGUACUUCGACAUGAGAGACGACGGAGAAGAGGAAACCAUGGAAAAUUGGGACGAGGCCAAACUGUUGGAAGUCAUCGAAAAGAAGCACGGAGGCAAAGGCAAAAUGCCCACAACCGAGAUAAUAUGCAAACACUUCUUGGAAGCCGUGGAAAAAUCCAAGUACGGGUGGUUCUGGCAGUGCCCGGCAGGCGAGAACUGCAUCUACAGGCACGCCCUACCGCCCGGUUUCGUCCUCAAAAAGGACAAGAAAAAACUGGAGGAUAGAUCUAAGGAGAUCACGUUGGAGGAUCUCAUCGAGAAGGAACGAGCCGCGCUCGGCCCCAAACAAACCAGGAUAACCCUCGAAACGUUUUUGGCUUGGAAAAAACGGAAAAUACAAGAGAAGAAAGACAACUUGAAGCGAGACGAGGAGAAGAAACGCAACGAAUACAAAGCCGGUAAACAAAUCGGUUUAUCCGGUAGAGAAAUGUUCAGUUUCAAUCCCGAAUUGGCCUACGACAACGACAUGGAAGAUGGUGAUGAUGUGUUUGAUUCUUCGGCUUUCGCUAAAGAUGAGGAAGAAAACGAAGUCGCUUAUAAGGAGAUCGAUUUGGAUGAUUUAGAUACUGGUAUAGGAGAAGUGGACGGGACCGGUACCGUUGCUAGCGAGGAUAGAUUUAAGGAGGUGCCCGAGGAACCUUCGGAAUCGAAUAGUAAAUGUUUGGAAGGGGCGACCGCCGUUCCCAUAAACGAGAACCUGUUUCUGGAAGAGGAUCUGGAUGGUUUAGACGAUGAAUUGGACACGCUGGAUUUGGAGGAAUGAGAAUAUGGGGUUGCGUUUUUCUGGACCCUGUCGGAUUUAUUUUUUAUUCGGGAUCGGCGUUUGGUUGUCCGAUGAGUUCCUUUUAAUUGUAAAUGGUUAACUUAUUGGUUAGUUAAACGCCGGUCGAUAAUGUUGAUUAUGUAAUAAAGUUGUAAAUAAAUUGCGUUCUAUUUUUUUAUUGGAUUUAGGGAAACAGGAUGUAAUAAUUUGGCAAUUUUUUUUAAAAAAAUCGGUCUUUAUUUUUAAGAAAUUAAAGCACACUUGGUACAUAAUUUCAUCACUAUUUUUUACCCAACGCAGAUUCGAUUGUAGUAAAAAACUGAUGUGUAACCAAAUUUUUAACAAUAUUUAUAAUUCUGUUUUGUUUUUUUUAUAAUCAAUUCGAUAAAUCGAUUACAAUAGAAAAUAAUGGCACUCAUAGCGAUCGGCUAUGAAAUAUAAAUUUUUUAUUUACACAUUUGUUUUUGGUAUAAACUGAUUGGAAACAAAUGGUACAGUAUGUUAAAUGCUUUCUUAUAAUCUUAGAAAAAAAUCCAAUCUUUAUAGGGGGAUCUACAAUUUUUACGGGGAGGUACAUUCGCUCGUUAAUAUCACAUAUACAAAACAUUCAUUCCGCUGAUCAAUUGCAACCCUGAGUGUUGUAAGUAACAAUCACCAAACUGGCGGUAUUUAAAUAGCACUGGGUUAUAAAAAUACCAAUUUAUGUUAUCGCUUAAAUAAAAUCGAAUCUCCCGAAGCGCCUUUAACGUAAUACUUAUUCACGAUUUGAAAGCAGAGACGCGGAAAAUUAAGAAUUAAAGUACGUUAACGGAAGAUUAGAUUUUCACCAUUUUCGCCCACUUUAAAACGUUACGAAGCUUUCGUUGCGAGUCCAAUCCUAAACUUACCUAAGUACUUAAAAUUUACUUAGUUCUAGGCUAAUUGCUUACCAAUUUUCUAACGAUAGAGAUAUUAUUAACAAAUGGGCGAGAAAUGCACGAUAACAUCGAAAUAAAUUCCUUUUUUUUUUUGUAAAUUUCCAACCACCAAUUUGGUAUUUGUUGAUAAACGCGCCCUCGGUUUGGAUACCACGCCAAUCGUGAAAUGUCUACUAUUGAGCAUUACAAAAUAUUAAAAAAAUAUCCAAACUUAUUUAGGACUCUUAGAAUACAAAUGGACUUGUCAGUACGUAAUUAGAGCCAGUCGUGUGGCCCCUUUUCGAAUUCAAUUUUCCGUAUCUCACUGAAAUGAAAGCAGGUACGGCGGUCUACAGUCUAUCGUACGUCUAAAUCGCACGUAAGAUGCUUAUUAUCACAAAUUGUAGAUUCGAUAGAUUAUAUCAAUCUACUUCAACACAUACAAAAGUAUUAAAAAAAUGAAGCAAGAUAUUUUUUUCCGUUUUUUUCAAACUAGUGCAAGUACAAACGUCCGACCUAUUCAACGAUUAUUGCUUGCAGUUUACUUCGAUCGCACGAUUCUACAGCUACUGGUUACUUGAAAUUUAACCGCUCCGUUAAUUUGUAACGUGCUGUAAAAUCUGCCGCGUUCAGUUUAAUGGAAGACCAUUAUUUUUUUUAACCAUUUGAUGACGAUUUGAAUGGACUUUUGUACUUCACCGCGAUUAUGUACAUACCUAGGCCUUGCUAAAUGAUCAGUUCGCGUUGAGGCAUUCGCUUUGAUAUUUAUUACAAUACUAAAGGUGUACUUAUGGCGUUAAUUUGUAGUAGAUAAACGAAAUCGUUCUGUAAAAAUUUAUUAUCUAUUGGAUGUAAAGUGAAAUUUGAAUGCCUCAAAGCGUCGAUCGUUUCCAACGUUAAUAAAAUAGAAAAAUUACAAAAAAAAAUCAACAGUAACUUGUUGUGCUCGAUUCUGAAAUAAACCACAACAUAACCGAAUUAACCUUCUGUAAAAUGCCGAAAAAAAACUUAUAAAAACCCAAAUUUUUCUCAGGUGGUUAUUUUUUUGUUUCUCCGAAUAGAAAACGAAAAACAACGUUUUCGAGAUGGAGCGACAACACAACAGCAGCCAAACAAAACCGGGGCUCGAAUCCGCGCGAGACUCCAAGAAGAAAAAAACUAAUAACAAAUUCGAUUCUCCUCUAGUCCCUCGCGCAUCCCCCGCCUCAGCAUUAACCGCUUGGACUGGGAAUGGCAGGAAUCUGGCAGGAACUGCCGUUGACCCUCCUGCGCAUCAGGUUGCUCUCGCUGGGCGGGCUCAAACCGAACAUCUUCGCCGAAGCGCACGACUUCAUCGGCCGCUUCUCCUGCGGAUAGAUAUUCGGCCGCUCCAGAUAGUCCAAUUUCAUGCUGAAGUGCUGUUGCACCACUCGAUUCACAGCCAUUGCCGAUUCCGCGAACUGGGACAGCUCCAGCGCGGAAUUGUUCUUCUUAAUCACAGCUGGUGUUGUCAAAGCAGCUGCAAUUAAUAAGAUUCAGAUGAGAUGAGUUGGUGGUAGAAGAGAGUUUAGAUGUUACCUGUAUUACUAGCGACUUGGAGCCAAGGAUGCAUCAGCACCUUUUCGGCGCUGAUGCGAUCGCUGGCGUUCUUCACCAACAAACAGGAUAUCAGAUCUUUGGCCUCGUCCGAGAUGGCCGUCCAUUCGGGCUCGGGAAAAUCGUAGCGGCCCUCCUGUAUCAUCUGGAAGAGCAGCUCCUGGCAGGAGUUGCAAUUGUCGCCGCGCUCCCAGCCGCAAUCCUUGCCGCACUUGCCGUAGAACGGCGGAUAGCCGCACAACAGGAUGUACAUGAUGACGCCCAACGACCACAGAUCGCAACGUUUGUCGUACGAAGUCGACUCGGAAUCGCCGAUGAAGGCUUCGACGACUUCGGGCGCCAUGAAUUCGGCGCUACCAACCUAAAUUACAUCGUUUAAUGAAUGUUUUUUGCUUGGGAACUUGUAAUAACUUACCGGUGUUAGCAGCUGUGGGGUGGCUAAUGGACUGGAAACGCUCGAUUGGAAGCGGAUGCCGGAGCCCAAAUCGAAAUCGCAGAUUUUCACGGGACACAGUCGGUCCUUGUGCACGCAAAGGAUGUUUUCCGGCUUGAGAUCUCGAUGGGCUAUGCCUUUGGCGUGCAUGAAUUGCAACGCGGACGCCACCUCGCGGAUGAUUUCCGCCGCCGCCGCCUCGCUGAAAUACUUGUACUCCUGGAUCCUUCUCAACAGUUGACCUCCGUUAAUCUGUAACGAAUGUAUC